AAAUGGGGCAAAGAUAGAGAGAGAAAAAAAAAAAAAAUGAAGACUGAAAAGGGACUGAGCGAGACGCCGCGAGCGGGAAAUGAGGGAGAGAAACACAGAGGGGUCGUCUUCUCGCUCUUCCCUUUCUCUCUCUACACCACCCUCCCAUUACUUCUAACUAGCCCUUCCCCUUCUUCUCAUUUCUUACUCUAAUUCAACAUCGACUUUCUCUCUCUCCUCUCUCUCUCUAGGAUAUUUUCCGGCAUGACGGCCGGUGAUGGCUCCAUACGAUCAAUAUUGGACAAGCCCUUGGAAGAGCUCACGGAGGAGGACAUCUCGCAGCUCACUCGUGAAGACUGUCGCAGGUACCUCAAAGAAAAAGGGAUGCGAAGGCCUUCGUGGAACAAGUAUCAGGCAAUUCAGCAGGUUCUCUCUCUAAAAGGCCUCUUAGAGGGGAAGCCUUGCGAUGACAACAGCGAUGUUUUCAGUCACCGAUCACCGAUCACGGUCAUUCCCAAUGUUGGGAGCAUGAGAGAGAAAGAAAAGGCCGUAAAUAUUGCGGAUCCGGAGAUAUCGGGGUCUCAUCAGCCGAAUUUUCGCCGAGAAAUUCACGAAACCACCCGGGAAAGAGCUUUACCGGCUUCCGACUGCAGGCCACCUUCUCAGGAGCCGGUAUCUCAGAUGACCAUUUUCUAUGCUGGAGCCGUUAACGUAUACAACGACAUUCCUGAAGAUAAGGUGCAAGCCAUCAUUUAUCUUGCUGGGAAGUCAGACUCCUUACAGCAAACUAAUGUUAUCAGAACGGGACCGGACCAAUGCAUAGCAUCUGCUGCAAGCCCCUCAUUGAACGAUCUCCACAGUAGACGAAUCCACCCAACUUCAAACAUCACCACUUCUCAGUCUCUUCGUGUUGCAACUUCCCUUCCUGUUGGGCCUCAUUCAGAGGUUCCUAAGACGAGGAAAACCUCGGUGCAGCGAUUCUUGGAGAAGCGGAAGGACAGGGGGCGCUUGAAGGGAACAUUGGCGAGUGGUGGGAGCUCUAAGAGGGGUUCCUCAUGCCUAGAAUUGUAUGCAACUUCAAGAUUAAAGAGUGAGGGGGUGGCCACGACUACAACUCAAUCCAAUAUGAACAAUGUGGUCGUAUCACCUUCUAACCCAAGAAUGCCUCUAAAUCCCGGGAGUUGCAGCUGGGUUGAGAACUAAGGACUCCCAUUUCAAGAGACUUAACGACCAAGAUAUAUUUGGAAUACUAACCCCAACAGUUGAUUCAUAACUGGUUGUAGAUCCCAAUUUUAUGUCUCCCACUGUAUCUUACCGAAAAGUUGGUGGUUGUUGGGACAUUCUCCUGAUAAAAAAAGGAAUGGGCUCUCUGUUAUGCAAUUUUUCUAUCUACGAACUG